UCGAGCGGCGGUGUCGGUGUCGGCGGCGGGCGCGUUGCGAUGGCGGGGUGGGCGCUGCGGGGCUUGGCGCUGGCGCUGCUGGCGGCGCUGCCCGCGGCCGUGCUGGGCGACACGCCGGCCAACUGCUCCUUCGCCGACCUGCUGGGCGCCUGGGAGCUGCGCGUCUGGCGGGCCGGCGGCCGCCACGGCAACUGCUCGCAGGCGGRGCCUGUGGAGAAAAAGGUGGUUGUAAAUCUUCAGAAGUUAGAUGUGGCUCAGGAUAGUCUGGGCAACUAUGGUUUCUUCACUCUGAUUUACAAUCAAGGCUUUGAAAUUGKGAUAAAUGACUACAAGUGGUUUGCAUUUUUUAAGUACAAAAAGGAAGGCCAGAAUGUAACCAGCUACUGUAAUGAGACUCUACCAGGAUGGGUGCAUGAUGUACUUGGCCACAACUGGGCUUGUUUCACAGGACACAAGAUUUCUUCAUCUCCCUCAGAUGUUCAUAUCAACGAGCUACCUCUCCAGAAGCCCAGGGGAAGUCUUUCCCACAGACGUUAUGUGCACAACUUYGACUUUGUAAAUGCUAUCAAUGCUCACCAGAAGUCAUGGAGAGCAACAAGAUACAAGGAGUAUGAGAAUUUCGCCCUGGAAGAACUGACUAAAAGAGCUGGGGGUCUCUAUUCCAGAGCUUCAAGACCAAAGCCAGCACCUCUAACAGCUGAGUUACUCAAGAAAGUUUCAAGCUUGCCGGAAUCCUGGGACUGGAGAAAUGUGAAUGGUGUCAAUUAUGUCAGCCCUGUUCGGAAUCAAGGCUCAUGUGGCAGCUGUUAYGCAUUUUCGUCCAUGGGCAUGCUGGAAGCAAGGAUACGUAUCCUCACCAACAACACUCAGAAACCAGUCUUUAGUCCUCAGCAGGUUGUGUCUUGCAGCCAGUAUUCUCAGGGUUGUGAUGGUGGCUUCCCAUAUCUCAUUGGUGGAAAGUAUGUCCAAGAUUUCGGUGUGGUGGAGGAGGACUGCUUCCCUUACACAGCCCAAGACUCUCCGUGCCUUUUCAAGCGCAGCUGUUACCACUACUACACUUCUGAGUACCGCUAUGUUGGUGGUUUCUAUGGAGGCUGCAAUGAAGCCCUGAUGAAACUUGAGCUUGUUCAGCAUGGCCCUAUGGCUGUUGCCUUUGAGGUUUAUAAUGAUUUCAUGCUUUAUAAAGARGGGAUCUACCAUCACACUGGACUGCAGGAUGGUUUAAAUCCUUUUGAAUUGACCAAUCAUGCUGUCUUACUUGUGGGCUAUGGUACAGACCCAGAAAGUGGUGAGAAAUUCUGGAUUGUGAAGAACAGCUGGGGCACCUCGUGGGGAGAAGAUGGUUACUUCAGAAUCCGCCGUGGCACUGAUGAAUGUGCAAUUGAAAGCAUUGCAGUCGCUGCAACUCCUAUUCCAAAGUUAUAAUGUGGAGGUCUUCAUCCAGUGCCUUGUCCUGAGCCAAAAGAACAUAAUCAUUCUUGAAGACUCUGGUUGAAAUCUGUCCUCUAGCUUGAACAAGACAGCUUUAAGGAAUUUUUCCAGAAUAGAACAGUUUCCAUUUGUGAGAGGAUGAACACUGAUAGCUCUGCUCUGUGCACUGGAAGCUUCCUCUCGAGUCUGAUGGUAGAUGACCCAGAAUGGCUGUUUUUGUAACAGUGGUGAUUGGUUACUCAUCAUUGAAUACACAUCUUCAGUUACCAAUUGCAUUUUUUUUUCCAUGGGCAAUCUUGACCUUCAGAUCUCAAGGGAAGUGUCUGCUAUGAUAAUCUGUAACUGCUUUGAAGGGACACUGUAGUGCCUUACUUCUCAGAAAUCAGGAAGUCACUGCAAUUUGGAAUAAAUGUGUAUUUGUGAGGAAAUGAGUGAUUACACUGAUUAAAAUGAAAUUCUAAAGCUCUAAGWGUCCUGCAAAAAUUGCAUGUCAAACCCUUACGACAAAAAAAAAAUAAAUUCUAAGUUUCAGGCUGUUACUAAAUGUUCCAGGUCUGGGUUUURUUGCUGUGCUUCAUAAUUGACCAUUUCAGAGUUCAAUAAAAACACCCCACUCCUAUAGUAA